AUGGCCGCUCCCUCCUCCAAGCCCGCUUCCUCCAAGCCUCAGAACCCCCAGGGCUCGCACGAUAACUGCUCCGCCGUGGCCAAGCCGCAGUAUUCUCAAGGCUCGUAUCAUAGCUGCUCCGUCAUGGCCAAGCCGCAGUAUUCUCAGGGCUCGUAUCACAGCUGCUCCGUCAUCCACACUCGCAACAACACGGUUACGGAGCCCUAUUCCAUUCGUGCGGACGACCCGGCCGCCAUUAGCUCUUCUCUUCUUCCCUGGUUCGAAACCUCGGAGCCCUACGCUCAGGCUUUUAAGUGCGGAAUCAUGGUUACCAAGAGCAAGCUCAAGUUGGCUCUUGCCUACGACAAGGGUGUCGACUUUGCCCAGGUCAAAGAAAAACGGCGACUGAAAGCCCUCCGAAAGGUCAAAGGGAAAGACCAAAGCACACAGUCCGAGGUAGAGACUCAAACAGCGCUGGACGAGCAUGGCGAAGAUGGGUGGGAGGACGAAGAUAGUGAGGGGAGCGCUGUGGAGCCUUCACUUGACAUCGAGCGACUCGACGACAGUGAUACUUCCGAUUCGGAAGUAGAGAUGGAAGAGCGGUUACCUCGGCCACCUAAGAAGAUCACUCAGACAAAGCCCAAGGCGAACACCAAAUCCUCAAAGAAGACGGCAAAUUCGGAGGCCAUGGUCACUAAAGAUCACGGCGGACGACCUGAUCCCCACACGCGCCUUACCAUUAACAAUACUACCGCUCUUCUGGCCUCGCUGAACCGCAUAAGAAUCCCAGUUGAUUCGUCGGCGCUCUUUGCCACCCACCAGUCCAUAAUUUCUUCCACGCGCACCGCCGACGACAUACCGAACGUUUCCGACGAUCUGCAGCGUGAGCUCCAGUUUUACAAACAGAGCCGCGAUGCUGUGUUGAGGGCGAGGGCCAUGCUCCUCAAGGAAGGCGUCCCCUUUACCCGACCUAAUGACUUUGGCAAGCAGGUCCAGAUUGCUAAGCUUCAAGAGCGGCAAAAGGCUAAGAAGGAUUCCCUUGAGAAGAUCAAGGCCCUCAAGAGAAGUGUGUUUCCAUCGUAUCCGGGUCACCCGCCCAAAGCCCAAUACUUCCCUUGA